AUGACUCAGCCGGCCGCCACGUUCUCUCAGGAUGUAGACCCACAGACUACAAUAGACGACGUUGACGAUGAGGACGUCGCCUCCGAGCCGGAACAUACACGCAGCGAAGAGCCGAGACUCAGCGUGGAUCCAGUGGAAGAGUUCAUCAAACCGUUGGUUUUGGAGGAAUCGCGACUGUACAAUCUAGCUCGUCGCUUCUCGGAGGUCUACCGUGAGCUUGCGCUGACCUCUGAUCAACAAUUUCUGCCGACACCUGUGACGCAAUUACCCACCGGCGAAGAAGUCGGUCGUUAUUUGGCAAUUGAUGUUGGAGGUAGUAAUCUACGGGUUGCCUUUAUUGAAUUGUUGGGCGAAGAUGCAGACUCCGAUAGAAGUCCCGGCAAUGCUUCGGAAAGAUCGCGUGAUACGAUUCGCAAGGCUCAGCGACAGCGGGUGAGGCGGACGCUGGAGAAAGCAUGGCCGAUUCAGGAACAUUUGAAGAAGGAUAAAGCGGAAGAUUUGUUCUCGUGGAUAGGUGAUUGCGUCGCUGAAGUUAUAGCCGACAGUCUUUCGUCGGAUGCUACCAAAGGGGAUAUUCCAGAGGAGUUGGAAAUGGGUAUCACAUUUAGUUUUCCCAUAAUGCAGGAAUCUGUGGAUGAGGCUACGCUCAUGCCCAUGGGCAAGGGCUUUGCAAUCACAUCCGAUCUCAACUUGCGAAAUAUGCUUCUUUCAGGUUACGAAAAGCAUACCAGACGAAGCGAAGACGACGAACCAUCGUCAAAGAGGCGGAAGCUCUAUGCCCUUCCCAAACUGAAGAUUGCUGCCAUCACCAACGACACCGUUGCAACUUUAGUGUCGUCGGCAUAUUGCGUAAAAUCGCUGCCCAACAGUCGUGUCACCAUGGCUAUUAUCGUCGGAACAGGGUGCAAUGCCACGAUACCAAUGUUACUGACCGAUUUGCACGAAUCCAAGGCCAAGCUGGUCAGCUCGAGAGAUUCCAAGGCUACGCAAACAGUGGUGAAUACAGAAAUCACGAUUUCCGGUGCAGCAGCUCCAUUGAAGGAGCUCAACAUUGAGACAAAAUGGGAUAUCCUACUCGACAGGGCAUGCUCUCGACCUGGUUUCCAACCACUGGAGUAUAUGACUGGUGGACGAUACAUUGGCGAACUUGUGCGGAUAGUUUUCUUCGACUAUCUGACUAAGGUGCUGGGAGUUACUAAGAAAGAGUUGCCGGCCAAUUUGGUACAGGAAUAUGCGCUGUCUACGACCUUUCUUUCGCACAAAGUUGCGCGCAGUCGAUCUGACCAAGAACUAGCUGCGGAACUGGCACGGUCCCUGCCUCCGCCAGAGUCCAGUGAAUGGUCUUGGAGUAAAGACACAGCAGGUGCAUUCCGGAAAAUUGCCAGAGCCGUUCAAACACGGUCAGCCGGACUAAUCGCCUCAGCCGUCGUAGGACUUCUCGCAUGCACACGAGAGAUUCAGCUUAGAGACGAUAGCGCGCGAAACUCACCUCAACCCCCGCUGGAUGAAGAAAAAACACAUCAGAAUUCUCCAUCCACAAACCAAGAACAAACCCUCGCUUCAACCACACCAGCAGUAGCUGCAGCCGCUAAAUCGCCCUCUUCAAACACAAACAGUAAUCAACGAGGCCUCAUCGUCCCUGUCCUCGCACCAGCACCAGCAGACUGGCAAUCCGGUCCUGAGGAGUUGGUAGUCGCUUACACCGGAGGAAUCAUUCAGAAUUACCCCAACUUCAAGGAAACGUGCCAGCGAUACAUCGAUCGCAUGAUCAUGCGGACCGGUCCGCAGAAGAGUGGCAAGUCUGUGUUUUUACGUGAAGCUUCAGAUGGAGGUGUCAUUGGGGCGGGGGUUCUUGCUGGCAUGGUUGCUGGGCUUGGUUAA